UACAUAUAUUUAUAUAUUACAUUUCUAUAAAUAUAUUUAAAUAAAUAGAAUUCUCUCUCUGUUUUCACUACUACUCUCUCUCUCUCUCUCUCUCUCUCUCGUAGGGCGAGAAUUGGGAACGUUAAGCGUCCGAAAGAUUUAGUAGUUAUUGAAGAUGGGUUUCAAUUCAGUUUAUAAGGCAUUGCAGGAGGUUUUUCCACAGCUUGAUGCUCGGAUACUAAGGGCUGUAGCUAUUGAGCACUCUAAGGAUGCUGAUGCAGCCGUGGAGGCUGUUCUUGUCGAGGUCAUCCCCUAUAUCUCCAAACGGUCCCCGGAACCCUGCUCUUCUAAUGACAAUGGUGUUUUGCUGGAACAGUCAAGAGGUAAUACCUCUGCGAAACGGUCCUCAUCACCCUGCUCUUCUAAUGAGAAUGAUGUUUUGCUGCAACAGUCAAGAGGUUCAACAAGCUGGGAUGAGUCUUUAAAUGGUUCUUCAUAUUAUGAUAUAAAUGUUGGUCAAGAUCAAGUAUGCGGAUCUAAUGGAAUUGAGGAAUUGACUUCAUUAGGGAAGCGUGAAGAACAUAGCGUCAAAGUUGGAUCUGAUCUGACCUCCCAAGUCUCAUCAAUCACAUUGAUAGAUGAAAAUGAUGCAAACGAUGAUCAUGAACAAGUAGGUGGAAACACUGAAAGUGAAGUAGCCAUUUCAGUAGGGAAGUAUCAGGAAAGUAGUGUCGACGUUGGCUCUGAUGAGAAUUUACUUGUUUCAUCAACCACUUUGGAGCAUGAGAAUCGUGGUGUAAAUGGAAGCAUAAAUGAUAUAAUACAUUCUGAUUGUGAAGGUACUGAAGGAUGUGGUGCUUGUCAUUGUAAUAUGGCUGUUGAUGAGGGAAACAGUCAAGAUCAAUCUUGUUUAGAGGGAAAUGCAUUGGAGGUUGAAAAUUCUGUGGUUCAGCUGGCUCUAUCACCUGUUCAAGAAGAGACACUGAUUUCUCCUAAAACCAGUGAUCAGUUGGUAGUUGUGUCUGACUUGCUAAUUACUGGUUGUGAGAAACCAGAACCAAGUGAUUCUUUGGAUGUUGCUUCCAAGGAAGAUACAUAUGUUGGUGAAAUGAUUGCUCUGGAGGAUGAGUCAACCUUGAACACUAGUGUUACCAGAUCUGGCCAAAUUUGUAGAAUUGAUCUUCUUGAGAAUAUUAUUGAAGAUGCAAGAAGUAACAAGAAAACCUUGUUUUCAGCUGUGGAGUCAGUUAUCAGCUUGAUGAGAGAAGUGGAAGAUCAAGAGAAUGCUGCAGAACAAGCCAAGGAGGAAGCUAUUAGAGGGGGCUUGGAUAUUCUCACCAAGGUGGAAGACCUCAAAAAAAUGCUGCAUAAUGCAAAGGAAGCAAAUGACAUGCAUGCGGGAGAAGUAUAUGGAGAGAAGGCCAUUCUAGCUACUGAAGUAAAGGAACUUCAAUCUCGCCUGCUUAGUUUGUCAGAUGAAAGGGACAAAUCCCUUGCAAUUCUUGAUGAGAUGCGUCAAACUCUCGAGUUACGAUUAGCUGCAGCAGAAAAAGUUAGAGAAGCAGCGGAGCAGGAAAGGCUAGAAAAGGUAAAAUCUGCACAAAAUGCACUUGCUGAGCAAGAACUUGUAAUGGAGAAGGUGGUUGAGGAGUCGAAGAUACUGAAGCAAGAAGCAGAGGAGAAUUCCAAGUUACAAGAGUUCCUUGUGGACCGUGGCCGUGUUGUCGAUAUGUUGCAAGGAGAAAUCUCUGUCAUUUGCCAGGAUGUAUUGUUGCUGAAAGAGAAGUUUGAUGAGCGCGUUCCACUUAGCAAAUCUCUUUCUUCCAGUCAGACAAGCUGCAUCUUAGCCUCUUCAGGCUCAUCCCUGAAAAGCUUGGCACCAGAUCAGGUUCCUGAGCAAGAUGAGCCGUCUGAGACCCCAACGAAGACGAGCCCAAAUGCCUCUGUUGAUGACCAGCUUUUCCUUGUAGGGGAGGGGGCUAAAGAUGAUGGCAAGGCACUUGUGGAGGAUGGAUGGGAAUUUUUUGACAACCGCGAAUUCUACAUUUGAACUCCAUGCAUUGUGGACAAAACAGAAUGAGAGAACUAUACAGAUUCUAUGAUACGUUAUUUGGGGUAGUUAGUUCCAAGUCUGCUUCACUAUUUUCUAAAUAAGUUUUUGUUAGCAUAUAUAGUAUUUCUGAAUAUUCUAUACUGAUCAGGUACAAUGAAAGUUCUAUGGUGGACUGCAAAUUACUAUUUCCACAGUUCAGUUGUACAGCAUAGAUAUAUAAAUAAUAGUGGGAAUAUAUAUAUAUUAUUGGCAUGGUUA